AGAGAAGACAAUGUAGCCACUCAGUGUCAGCCAAAUCCAUGAUAUUAACACAAUCUAAAGAGCAAAGGGGAGUUUCCAAAGUAAUCAAACCCGUCCAACUUUCUCAUUUACAGCUAUAGACCACUGAAAAUGGAUCCUAUUAGGGCUGCUGCUCCUUUGCUAUGGUUUUCCCUGUGCUUUGGGAAUAUUCUGGAGGCAGCGGUACUUGGAUCAUUGCAGUACCCCUCUAGCGCAGAUGAUAACGGGCUUGUUUCACAUCUGGUUGAGCAGAAUCGGAGAAAGCCGAUCGCGGUGUCCAGGAAAGACCCCCCGAUAAAUGAUACUAUCGUCCCCCAUGACUAUAUGGUAUCGCUAUACAGGACACUCUCUGAAAUAGAGAGAAGAGGUCUUAACAGCAGUGUUCCUCGCUCCGCAAGACAUGCCAACACCGUGACCAGUUUCGUGGAUCAAGGAAAAGAUCCCUCCUCCUGGGGAAGUGGCCAGCGCUAUCUCUUCGACCUCUCCAGUCUGUCCAGGACAGAUGAGAUCGUGGAGGCAGAACUGAGGAUCCUGAGAAAGCCACCGCUGGAUCGCCUCCCUAUGCUGACGUGGGGCAGGAACCUUUAUCGCCUCCUCCUCUACACAUGUUCCUCUAAUGGGAACUCUGGGAGACAGCUGCUGGACUCCAGGACAGUCGACGUUCUGGACCGCGAGCCUCCCAAAUGGGAUGUAUUUGACGUGUGGGCCAGCGUGAAGGCUCGGCGGAGGAGCCACAGGACAGCAACGGGCAAUGACCUCCUCGUGGCCUGCUUUGACCUGCUGGUUGUUUCGGAGUUGACCAAAGAGGCAGCCAACCCUCUUACAGUAGGGCUGGGACGCCGGUCUCGGCAGCCCCAGGAGAGGGCCUUGCUGGUGGCUUUUUCUCGCACCCGCAGGAAAGAGAACCUGUUCAAGGAGAUCAGGGAGCAGAUGAAGGCAGUGCGAAGAGACUUGGGUUUUCUGGACCCUUCGGACCUCUCUGGUGAUAUGAUUGGUCACCUACCCAGGCAACGCCAACGCCGAACUGCCCUCACCGGCCAAUCUAUAGGCGGAGCUGGUGGGGGAGGAGGGGGAGGUGGUGGAGGCGGGGGGCGCAGGAAGACUCGCUGCAGUCGUAGGCCGCUCCAUGUCAACUUCAAGGAGUUGGGCUGGGACGACUGGAUCAUCGCACCGCUGGAUUACGAGGCGCACCACUGUGAGGGCGUGUGUGACUUUCCGCUGCGCUCACACCUGGAGCCAACGAAUCACGCCAUCAUUCAGACACUUAUGAACUCUAUGGACCCUGAAUCCAGCCCGCCCAGCUGCUGUGUCCCCUCCAAACUCAGCCCCAUCAGCAUCCUCUACAUUGACUCUGGCAACAAUGUGGUCUACAAGCAGUAUGAGGACAUGGUGGUGGAGAGCUGUGGCUGCAGGUAGCAUAGCAACAGAGAGGGGUGGUGGUGCUAGUCUUGCGUGGCGCUAGUCUCGUCAUUCUGGAAUUUUGGACUGGGGCUUGCAAAGAGCGGAGUUUGAAUGUUUUUUGGGAAAAUAUGUUGGUGGUUUAAAGCGCUUCUUAACACUCGCCUCCCCCUAUCUCUUCCCCCUAAACAGCUGUAUUUUGUGAUUUGUUGAAAAAAGUACAGACAAGUAUGCUCAUUACUGAUCUGCCUCUGCUUAAGGGGAACAUAAUCUUAUUUGCUGCUUAAUUUAUUAAAACAUGUCAUUGAGCUGCCAUUUUAUUUCAUGAGCUCUUUAGCAUUUUUUUUACUCAUAACAUGCUCUGGCUCUCUCUCGUCUCUCUCUCUCUGUCCCCAUGGCUCUGCAUGUUGUUCGAUGCUGUCAACUUCAGUAAAUGUCUGCUGUGCUUCUGACUUUGGUUCUAGAACACUGCUUUAGUAGUGUAUAAAACAUCAGCCCUAGCUUUGAAUUUACUGAGCAGCAGACAGAAUUUGUUGGAAUGAAUAAAAUAAGCCCAGAUUUAUAGUGUUAUGAUAACAGUGUUAGAGUACAUUUGUGUGCCUAUAUGGAAAACUCAAAAUAACAUUAAGUCAAUUAUUACAUCUCACAAGAUAUCUGUCCAAUAAACUGCUCCCAUUGUGCUUUCUCUCACCAAAAAACAACAUUUCAAAUGUAUGGGAGGACACAAUCAAAAAGGACUUUUGUAUAUUGCAGUUUGCAAAUGCAGCACAUAGCCUACACACGUCUUACUUCAGACACUACCGUCAUCUCUUGGGCAUGGUUAAAAUAGAGUUUUUUAGAUAAAUGCUGCGCUUGGUGUUGUGAGCAAUCUGGAUAUUAUUAUUAAUUUUUUGAGCAGGACAGAGAACAUCACCCAUUUUCUGGAGUUAUCAAAUCAAAUUUAUUUAUAUAGCCCUUCUUACAUCAGCUGAUAUCUCAAAGUGCUGUACAGAAACCCAGUCUAAAACCACAAACAGCAAGCAAUGCAGGUGAAAUAACAUUUGAUUUGAUUUGCUGUAGAAGCACGGUGGCUAGGAAGAAACCUAGAGAGGAACCAGGCUAUGAGGGGUGGCCAGUCCUCUUCUGGCUGUGCCGGGUGGAGAUUAUAACAGAACAUGGCAAAGAUGUUCAAAUGUUCAUAGAUGACCAGCAGGGUCAAAUAAUAAUUAUCACAGUGGUUGUAGAGGGUGCAACAGGUCAGCACCUCAGGAGUAAAUGUCAGUUGGCUUUUCAUAGCUGGUCAUUGAGAGUCUCUCUACCGCUCCUGCUGUCUCUUGAGAGUUGAAACAGCUAACAGAUAAGCUAACAGUUAUCUGCUGUAGGAAACCUCUGUCUAUCAGCCGAAGGAACAGUGAUCUUUAGUUAGGGGUAUGGUAAGGGUCCCAUUUACACAGCUAACUUCCAUCAGUAGCUGUGUCACCAUGCAUUUGCUUAUAUGCAUUCUACGUCAUUACAUAGAUCAUUACUAUGCAAAGAUCCGAGGUAUAUGAUAUGGAAUAUUUAACAGGCAAUAUGGAGAAUUUGAAAUAUAUUUUUAUGGCACGAAGACUGAUUUAUUAUUUCUUGCAACUGAGAAAAGUUAGAUUUUUUUCAGGAUCCCAUGAUCACUUGAGAUUGAAAUUGCGAUUCAACUCCCUGUAAACUGCACAGAAAAAAAUGGCUAUAAUGUCCAUAGAAAUUCCUUGUUAGUCAGUGAAAUGGAAUAUUGAAAUUCACUUUUUCGCACUCCGGGUACUGAAUUAUAAGAAUGAUAAGAUCACAUGAUUUUGCAAAAUAAUAUUGAUGAAACAAACGUGUGUUGGUCUUUGGAUGUCAUUUUCACUUAUUGCGUUUUAUUUUACAGUUCACUCUACUUGCAUAUUAGCCUGGUGGUCCAGAUAUGUUUGUGCUUUAGCCAACUCUUCGCUGCCGUGUUUGUUCAUUGUCAUUCUAAACGUAGUUAUCACCGCAAGACGUAAAUUAACACCUGCUUUUCUAACGUGGUAAUUACGAGUAAACUCCCCACUGUAUUAUUUCACAAAUCCCAGAUGAAUCACAUUAACACAAGGUAAAUAAAUAUGCACAUUCAAGACAAAGGAAACAAAACUACUUGCAAUGAGUAAACUAGGCACAGGUCAUAUGUGAUGUCCCCAAGAGAGAAGAACUCUUGCGCAGAUGUUUCAUAGUAUUGGUAAAAGCCUUUUGCUCUAAACUCUCGUGAACACUUUGGUUGCAACGCUGUUUGUGGUAACGUCAUAUCACUGAGUCUCAGUUUAAAUUGAAUUAUAUUUCCUGUCAUUCCAAGUUAAACUCAAUUUCUUGAAUUGAAUUUGAGAUUAGCGAACCCUUCUGCGUGACCCUAGGCUGGUGUAUUGAGAUAUAUAGAUUAUUUUCUUGAAGUAGAUAUAUUUCCAUCUUUUUGCACAAACGGCAAAUAGGUGAUACUUUGUACUAAUAUCAUAUUUGAGCGUUUGCUGCUUUUGUUUGAAAUGAUGUUUGUUAAAAUAUUUAAUUUACUUUCUAACCAAAAUCCAAAGCAGCUUUCUUGCAUUUUGUUCUACAUUUUUUCAUCCAAACCAGAGAUUGUUUAUUUUUUACGGUUUUCUUUCACGAUUAUGUUCAACCGAUUUGGUUCUUUGUGAAUUAAACAAAAUCCAUCUAAAAUGACUAUACUGGCAUUUUGAACUAAGGACUAUGCUCAAAAACAAACCGACCCCAAGAAAAUCUCUGCUUGUGGUUUAUUUUCAAACAGCAGAGGAAAUUCAGUGGCAGAAUCUCCAGGAGGCAGAUAAUACAGCUCCCCCAACAUAAUUGAUAUCACCUAACAGACAUUGAACAAUAGCAAAGUUCCCAUCAAUUUGCCAUGAUUUCUAUAAAUGUUUAAUACAAUUUAAACAUUAGUCAAAUAAAAAGGGGGCGUAAUGAUAUAACUUCCUGUAAACUCCUCUAUUGUACACAUUUUCUAAGAAAAGUGGUCACUAUUUUCGCUGAUAGUCCUGUUGGAUAGUCACAGUUCACAUUUUCAAAAAAAACUGACUCUCCUUUUUGAAGAUAGCAGAAUGUCACUGCAGUUGAAACUCAGUGGAAAACAGUUACCAUAGAAGAUUCUUGAUUAAAAAUGACAUAAAUAUGGCAAAGGAUAAUUAAACAAAAGUGUCAGGCAGAAAAGAAAUCCCCAAAGCUAAUGUAGUCCAGAGAGUAGCUCCUCUAGUAUGCAGUGCCUUGAUAUCAGAAACAUUUCUAUGUGUCUGCUUUGCUUGUAUCCGUGUCCUAUUACAACUACUUUGUACAAUUGCUUUUGUCUGUUUCUUUGUGAAUCAUCAUGCCAAACACAUUUUCAUAAAAAUGUCAGGACAAGGCAGUGAUUGGAUUGUUCCAUACUUCAUUGCAUGUUUACUUCACCAAGCUUGUCUUAGCACGUCCAUUGUCUUGAAAUAGUAUUCACACCCUGCACAACUGUCACAUAUAGUUGCACAUUUUGUGACUUUGAGUAAACUUUAAUCUGCUUGAAAAUCUGUGGCUGUAAAUCAAUGAUCACCAUUCAACUUGACAAAGAUUGAGCAAUUUUGCCAUGAACAAAUGACACAUGUUGGGAUGUGCUUUGAGUGUGUGGAGUGUUGUGGAAAUCUUUGGGGGAAAAUCCCUCAAAAUCCCAGACUCUAAGCCUAAGGAAAAAAAAGGUAAAAGCUGUGCAAUGGUUAGGGUGGAGGUUGUUUUUGAGACUCAUGGAUGCUUCAUCAGUACAACAUGUUGCUGUGAAUGUAUGACUGCAUUCUGUCUCGAGAUCUGCAUGCUUAAUUCUAAUUUAACCAUAUUAUCAGUUGCAGCUUGAUCUAGCAAUGUUAAAGUUAGUAUCUGUUAACACUGACAUCUUUUCUUUGUAAGCACAUUUAUUCAUUAUUGAAGUGAGAUUCUGAUAUGAAAUGCCCAGUACUUAACGUCUAUGCAAUGUGUAUUUCCCCAUCAUUUUGCUCCUAUCUAUUCAAAUAUGCAGUCUUCCCCAUCAUUUUGCUCCUAUCUAUUCAAAUAUGCAGUCUUCCCCAUCAUUUUGCUCCUAUCUAUUCAAAUAUGCAGUCUUCCCCAUCAUUUUGCUCCUAUCUAUUCAAAUAUGCAGUCUUCCCCAUCAUUUUGCUCCUAAAUUCAAAAAAAGGUAGCCUUUCCCUUUCUUUCCCCUCCUUUCCACAUUUAUGAUUUGGAUUUUUUUGAACAAGAGAGCAUUUGCUUUCUGGCAAAAACCCAUAUGAAGUUCACAAAUUGUAUGAAAGACAUGUAUGAGGAUUAUAGUACAAGUAAAAGCUAUUUUGUUGAGAAGGUAAAUGUUUGAGAUUUAACCGUUAGACGGCCAUUAGUUCUACAUGUGUUCAUGUAAAGUGCACUGUGUGUAUGUAUGUAUUCUCUGGGUUAUAAAGGUCUGUAAAUAAUGUCAUUGUAAAUUAACUGUAAACAGCUCUUUUCUCUUUUGGAAAUAUCUUAUAGUAGUAUAUAUUUGAAAAAUAAUAUGUAAGCACACUUUAUCCUCAUUUUCUGUUCAUCUGUUUUUUUUGUACAGAUUAUUUGAUUAAAUGUUGUAUUGAUGA